AUGGCUUCUUCCACGCCCCGCGAGACGGCCGGCAAGCAGGGCUUGUCAAUCGAAACGACGGCAAUUCACAUGGUGGAGAAGCAUCCGCAGGACCCAUUCGCCUCAGACGGUCUCACGCCACUGGGAGAGAAGCAUAGUGGCAUCUCGCGGCCCUCGGACGUCUCGACGCCCACCAGCUCCCAUAACCACGCGAACCCCUUCGACACAGACAUCGAAGCCAUCAUCACCACCAGCGAUCACAGCACCAGGAAGUCGGCAGAAUGCACCAAGGGGGGCAGCGAUUGCCAGGUGUGGCCCGGACAGGACCAUUGGCGACGCAAAGCCAAGGCGGCCAAGAUGAGCCGACACAACUGCAACUGCCUCGCGCAUCUGAGCAAACGCAACCGUAUCAUGGUUAAGGUCCUGAUCGGUCUGCUGAUUGUCGGCAUCGCGGUUGGGGUUGGGUUUGGAGUCAGCAAGCCUCUCGGCGCAGGGAUUUGGCGCAGCGACAGUUAG